GCUGAAAUGGCGCCAUAUAUGACUGACUGUUGUACAUUGCAUUAGUCUAGUGACUUGUGUAACGAUGAAGAGAACUCCACGCCGACGGAGUGCGUGUAGAUCGUGUAUUUCUGAAGGUACACUUUCUGACAUAUCAUUUGCGUCUACAAAGUCUACGCCAUUAUCCACAAAUGAAAGUCUGUUUAAAAAGCCAGAACUAUCCAGCACGCAGGUUACUGCAGCUCUAGGUGGGAUGCAAAUACAGCAUCUAAAUCAUGAUAAAAAAUUUAUGUUAGUUGAUGCUGAUGACACUAUAGUCUAUAGCUAUAAAGAAGCAUGUUUUGCUGAGAAGACACAGAGGAAAGAAAAAGUAACAGCGCAAGCAAUAACUGGAAUUAACGGUGUGAAAGGAAGGUUUAGAGACACUGUGAAAUGCAAACUAGCAACCAGCUGCAUCAGUUCACUUUUCUUGUUGUUGAUUAUAAUGUUUCUUUACUAUGGUAUCUCAAAUUUUGGGAAGAACGUAUCAGAAAUUCGGCCUUUAACAGAAUAUUUUAGAAAAACGUUUGCACAGGAGAGCGCUGUUCCUGUUGAUGGCACAGAUAAAGUCAUAGCUGAGAACCACCUUGACAAUGUUAUGAAAUCUGCUAUUAAAAGUAUUCUUGUUGUCAAUGAAAGACUGUAUAAAGAAGUGGAAUUUUGGAGGAGACAACAGUUAGCAUUUAAAACAGAUUUAUCAAAGCUGAAGCUAUUAUUCAAUUUAAUGAAGCAGCCGAAGGAUGAUGUUACUGUGGCAAUGGCUAAGAAGAAAGGUUUGAAGUUUAUCGUGAGACAACUGUAGACACGGCGGUCAAAUGGCACCAUCAAGUGUUUGCCAGUCGCACCAUGGAAGCUAUAGUGAAAGAACAAGGAAUGUUUCUGUAUCCAGUGCUGUUCUGUAACUUUGACGAUGGUAGUGACAAAAGAACAAUGGAAUUGGAAAAAGACUUUUAAUUAAUGUUCGUUUUGGACAUGGAGAGGAUAAGACGUGUGUUCAGAUUCAGAAUGGGAAUGGACUUGGGUUUUAAGCCAACCAUUUCUUAUUUGUAAAUGAAAUCUGUUUCUAACUUUUGGACAUUCGA